AUGUUCAGAAAACGCAACGAAAGGGCAAAAGAUAAGUCAGAUAAGGGAGGUGUUGUACCCGAAGACGACCCCCCGAAAAUUACAGGACUGAUCUUGGGGGAAAAGGGUCCUGCGCAGACCUUCGAAGACUAUCAGUGCUCUGGCAACCUAGAAACGGACUUCCCUGAGCUCUGUGCCCUGCUGGGCAUGAAACAAGCUCCAGCUGUCAAAGCAAAGCACCCGAAUCCAGAGACUAAUGCUAGCACCUUGGAAAGCCUGUAUGAAAUUCAAAGUGCACCUUUUGACCCCAAGCCACAUCUCCAAGUGGAGCUGGAGAAUGAAGAUCCCUGCAGUGUCAAGUCUAUUAGGAUAUCUGGGUGGAAGAUGGAUAAACUGACUGCUCAAGUGCUCAACAAGACUCUGCCUUCCUUGAGCCAUCUUCAGAGCCUUUAUUUCUGGCAGGCUGGACUGACGGAUCAAAUGGUCAUCUGCCUCAAGCCUUUGUUCUCCAACCUGAGGUAUGUGCUAUUGGAGGGCAAUCCUCUCCCGGAGCAGAGUUACCACCUCCUUUUGUCUGAAGACAGCAACAUCAAUCAUCUAUUGCUUCGAAAUAAUCAGAUCAGUGAUGAAGGCGUGCGACUGAUUGGGUCAGCUCUCUCCACAACCAGGUCUGCCAACAGUAAGCUCAUGUAUCUCAAUCUAGCAUUCAACUCAAUUGGUGAUGCAGGAGCUGAACACAUAGCACAGGGCCUGCGUUUAAACCGCUCUCUGCACUUUCUGUCACUAUCCAACAAUCAGAUUGGAGAUGCAGGGGCUGCACAUCUGGCCAAAAUACUCAGUCCAUUUGCUCUGACUCACGAAGAAGUUGUGGAGCGGAGGAGGCUGCUGCUGGAAAGGGACCAGCCUCCCUCUCUUGGGGUCAGCGCUGAGCAAUCUUCCACUCACCAACUUCUCACCGUCUCCAGCAGCACUUCACUGAGUGGCAAUGUCAGCAAAAGGCAAAGCAAAGGCAACUUCAAAAAAAGGCACAUGAUUCUAAGGUGCCUCAAGCUGGUAGGCUCAGUGGAGAAAUCGAGCCCCCUGUUGGAGCCUUCGGUGCAACACAAGGCUGGCCAAAUCAUUCUCCAGGGGAACACUAUUCUCACCUCCCUUAACUUGGCAGGAAACAGAAUAACAGAGCGGUCACUGCCUCUGUUUCUGUCGUCGUUGCAGAUGCAGACUGAGGGAGGCGGCCUCCUUCGUCUCUGUCUACAGAGAAACCACCUCUCACCAGACUGUGAAUUGUACAUCGAAAUACAGGAGCUUAUGACAUGCAGAGACCCACUCAAGAAGGCUACUGCAGGACAGACGAACGAGGAGAGACAAGGGGCACAAUACUGAAAGAAAGGAUAUCGAGUCGCAUCAGCAUGAAAUACUUUCAUUGUCUUCAUUUUUAAAUGUUAUGUCAGUGUAGAGUCAUACAAUGUGACUCUUUUUACCGAAAGCAAGUUCAUCUCAACCCUUUAAACUCUAGACACCCCUCA